AUGGCAGAUGCAGAAAGAAUCAGGGAAACUGCAGUCAUAGUGCUGGGCUUCGUGGAAAAUGUGGCCUCCUUCGCCUCCUCCAUCAACCCCAUCUUUGGCAUAGUCUCCUCCCUGGUUGCGGUGGCUCGCACGGGCCUGAUUAAGAAGGAGGGCCACGCUCUAGACAGGGAGUUCAAGCCGCUCCACACCAGACUGGAGACCAUCUCCGAAAGGAACCACCAAUGCCUGAGAAGGAUCCGCAUCGACGAGGUGAACGAAACCUAUGGCAAGUACGAGGAGUACAUUAAACACCAGUACAAUGCCUUCAACGACAUGGUGGCACAUAUGAAAAAAGAUCCAGACAACACCCAGCGUUACAUGAAGGCCUUUGAGACGACUUAUGAGAAGGACAUGAGCAACAUGAGCCUGGAUGUGUACUACAACGGUGUGAUGGGUACCAAAAUGCUGUUUGGUAGACCCCUUCUAAAGGUGUACCUGGACAACUGCGACGGCAACCGGGAGAUCAUGGAGCGCCGCUGUUCACACAUCAUCCACCUGUUCCACAUGGGCCUCAUAGCCCUCAUGGCCUACACAGCUGUUACGGAGGACGACGAAGAUGAGGUGCGGGAGAAGUGGACCAGGAGGGUGGAUAACAUCCAGGAGAAGAUGCAGGAGGUGCUCAGUCAGUGCAACGACAACUAG